UUUUGCUACCAUUCCAGAAACAGCUACAUUGCGAAUUGAGAGUUCUAAACCACUCAAGUUUGAGGACGACAGCCUUCCUAAAGUCAAAACUUUAAUCAUUUUUUCACGAAAUUCAGAGGUUGCAGCCAAUGCUUGGCGAAAAUCUGCAAAUUUCCUAGAAGAUUUAACAAUAAAUAAAAUCAAUCUCAUUGAUGCUUCGGAAUCUUUCAAGAUGUUAACAGCAAUCAAACGUCUUUCUUUAUCUAGUACAAAGCUGAAAGAUCUCACAGAAGAUUCUUUGAAGACAAUAACUGAAACUUUGGAGUUUUUGGACUUGAGAUAUUUAAGUAAAGAAGACUGGCCUGUAAGUUUUGACAAGUUAACUAAGUUAAGAACUCUUUCUAUGACUGAAUGUGAUUCGUCUUUACUACCCAACAACCUUCCCAAAUCAGUAAUAGACAUCGAGAUAGAGAAUAUGGAAAUACAGAAAAUACCGGCGUUCGAUGCAGAAGAAUUAAUAUAUCUGACGUUGAAUAACUGCAGUAUAACGACAAUCACUACACAGAUUUCAACACAAUACAGUCAAUUAAAUGAAUUAAGAAUAUUAGACAAUGGCCAUCAAACAAUGAAAAUAGAAGAACAUGCUUUUGAGAAUAUGGUUAAAUUAAACAAAGUUCAUCUCAGUGGCACACAAUUUGAGGCUUCACAAAAUACCUUCACCCAUUUGACAGCGCUUGAAAAACUUAUUGUCGAUUCUGACGAGUUCUGUAGUGAGGUAAACAAGAUUAAAAAUAUAUGCACUACUUCCACAGGUGAAAAUGAAAUAUGAUUGUUAAAAUAUAAACUAAAUUUAUGAUCAGAACAAGCUUAUUAUAUAAACCAUGAAAUAAACCAUGAAAUUCAUUCUAAAAUUACUACUUAUAUGCUAUUUCAAAAUAAUGUCAAAACAAUAUCAAUAAAUGAUUUUAAAUGAAAACAGUAGUUAAAAUGGAAAACAGUUUUAAAAGGCUGUCUCCACUAACCCUGAAAUACUGACCCUCGGAAUAUCAAAAACUAUAAAUUAUAAUAAUCUGAUUUAUAAAGUCCAGCUGGCAUGUAUAUAUUUUUAAUUUUUCAACAAUUAUAUUUCAUUGGUUUCUAAGGUAAUUUAGUUGGUUAUUUUUUGUCAAAUUAAAUAUUUGAGAGAUGGUUUUAAACUACACAUUUACUCUUCAACUUCUACCACUUCUUCUUAAUAUAAAAUAAAAUCUAACAAUGUUAUGAUGUUUUAUUUAUUUAUUAUUUAAAACACAUCUUUAAAGAAUAUUUUCCACUAAUAAUGAAGUUAUCCCGUAUGUCAAUCUUUUACUGAAGUCAUUGUCUUUUUAUUAUUCAACAAAUUUCUUAGGGUAAUUAGAAUUUCUUUCUUCUUUUAA